AUGGAAUUCGCAUAUAAUAAUAGCUAUCAGCCUACCACUGGCACAUUGCCAUUUGAGGCCCUAUAUGGAAAAAGUUGCAAGUCUUCAGUAUGCCAGAGUGAGGUUGGUGAGAGGAAGUUGUUAGGACCUGAAUUGGUGCAGACCACGAAUGAGGCAUUACAGAAGAUCAGGGCUCGUAUGCAACAAUCUCAGAGCAGACAGAAAAGCUAUGCCGAUGUAAGACGUAAGGACUUGGAAUUUAAGACUGGUGUGAAAGUGUUCUUAAAGGUGGCACCCAUGAAAGGUAUUGUGAGGAAGUAUGUGACAGAUCCGUCCCACGUAGUCAACUACAAGCCCUUGCGAUUGAAUGAUAACUUGAGCUACGAGGAGAAGCCCAUAGAGAUCCUUGCCAAAGAAGUUAAGACAUUGCACCGUCGAAAAAUUGCUUUUGUGAAAGUUCUAUGGCAGAACCACCAGUCCAGGGAAGCCACCUGGGAGCGAGAGGAUAAGAUGAAGGCCCAGUACCCGGAGCUUUUUCAAGGAUGA